AUGUCCCGUCUUAAUACUCUCGCUAGAACCCUCAAGUCUCUCCAUAUUCCCGGAAAGCCAUUGAUCCUUACCAAUGUACAUGAUGCCCCAACCGCUGCAGCAGUAGCCACACAUGCAUCCACAAAGGCACUCGCGACAGCAUCGUGGUCAAUUGCCGCAACUCAAGGUAUCCUUGACGCACAACUUCCACUUUCCGGCAAUCUCGUCGGUAUCAAGAACGUCACCCAGGGUCUUAAAAACUCCGGAUUUGCAGAUACCAAACCGUUAUCCGCAGAUCUUCAAGAUGGCUACAACGACAUUGCCGAAACUAUCAAAUCAGCUAUUUCGCUUGGUGUUGUUGGCGCAAACAUUGAAGAUUUGAAGACAGACACGUCUACUGGCCACGAGGAAUUAAGGCCCACCGAAGAAGCAGUCGAAAGGAUUAGAACGGCGUUAAAAGCUGCGUCAGAAGCUGGUGUUCCAGACUUUGUAAUCAACGCUAGGACUGAUGUGUUGGGAUAUGGAGGAUCAAUUAAGGAUGCAAUUGAGCGGGGAAAGAAAUACCUUGAUGCUGGUGCUACGACGGUAUUUGUGUGGGGUGUGGGAAAACAUGUGAUUACUAUCGAGGAGGUCAAGGAGAUGGUGGAGGCGUUUGGAGGGAAGUUAGCGGUACAUGGGACUGGCCCGACGCCAUUGGGGUUGAAGGAAUUAGAAGAAGCAGGGGUUGCGAGGAUUAGUUAUGGGCCGUGGUUUGCGAGGAGGAGCUGGAAGGCCUUUGGAGAUGAUGCGGCAGAAACAUUGGUGGCUUUGGAAAAGUAA